CGCCGAACUUGCCCGUGUCGCCGAACACUCACAGAGCCAUCCGGGGUUUGUUGGGUGGCGCUCAGCUGGCCGUCACCGAGCCACUGAUUCUCUGAGGUCCUGCAGGCACUCAUCACGCUGACAUGGCACUCUCCGCGGCUUUCAUCCUCCGCCAGGGGCUGAGGUGCAGCAGGGUGGUGCGAUCAGGGAGCAUCUUCAUCAGCCACACGAUGCCUUCCCGGUUGCUGCACCAGGGUGACCCACCAGCCCUUCCCCAGCUGCCGGUGCCACACCUGCAGGACACACUCACAAAGUACCUCAAAACAGUUAAGCCACUUGUUACAGAGGAGGAAUAUAUGGUUACAGAAGAAAUUGUGAAAAAAUUUGGAAAUAGUACUGGAAUUGGUACCAAGCUGCAACAAAAACUAGAGGAGAAAAAGAAGGCAACAGACAAUUGGCUGGCUGACUGGUGGAUCAAUGCAGCAUACCUGGACUGUCGAGGACCUCUGGUGGUGUGGUCUUCACCUGGACUUGUGUUCCCUCUUUUGGAAUUCAAGACCCUAGAUGACCAACUUAAUUAUGCUGCUAAAGUCAUUGCAGGGACUCUUGACUACAAAAUUAUGGUUGAUGAGAAAACAGUUCCAGUGGACCGCAUGGGAAAGGACGUUUUAGAUAUGUCUCAGUACUUCAAGAUCUUGGGUACCUGUCGCAUUCCUGGAGUAACGAGAGAUACAAUACGAUUUUAUGGACAAGAGCCAGACCCUCCAAAGCACAUAGUGGUGGCACAUAAUAACCAUUUUUUCAAGAUUGAUGUUUAUGAGCAUGGCAAGCCACUGAAUGUGCGGCAGUUGGUACAUCAGUUACGCAAUGUGGUAGAGCGUUCCACUCACCCCACAGUGCCUGUUGGUAUCCUCACCACACAGAACAGAAAUGUGUGGGGCAAGGCUUACAAGAUGCUCAGGAAAGACAAGGUAAACAAAGCCUCUCUGGAAGAGAUUCAGCGGUGUAUAUUUUUGGUGGCUCUGGAUGGGCCUGUUGUCAAUCCAACCAGCAACAUUAUGACAGAUGCCGCCCUUGAGUGUGUCCAUGGCAAUGGUCCUCAGGGCUAUGCUGGCAACAGGUGGUACGACAAGACCAUCCAGUUCAUCAUUGGGAAGAAGGGCAUUGUGGGCCUCACUUACGAACACACUCCUGCUGAGGGCCCUCCUAUUGCCAACCUUAUGGACCACAUCAUGGACUAUAUAAACAACUCACCAAAGGAUGAUGUACAGGCUGAGCACGCAGACCCUCGGCCGCCAGCAGUGGAGCUGACCAGACCACAGCGUCUCAUGUUCAAUGUGGGGCAGGAAGUCAAGCAGGAAAUAGAAGAUGCCAAGAUUGCUUUGGAAAGCUUAGUUGGCGACUUGGAGAUGACUUGUUUCAAGUUCACUGGUUUUGGUAAGAAUUUUAUCAAGUCUCAGAAAAUGAGUCCUGACAGCUUCAUCCAGAUGGCCAUUCAGCUUGCCUUUUACAGGAUUCAUGGGGAGCCUGGUGCCCACUAUGAGUCUGCCUCCACAAGGAAGUUUGUCCAAGGCCGCACUGAGACGAUACGUUCCUGCUCUGAGGAGUCAGUGGCUUUUGCCAAGGCCAUGCUGAACCCUGAACUUGACAAUGCUGAAAAGGCCCAGGCACUACGCAGUGCUAUUGAUGCACAUAAAAACUAUGCAAAAAAUGCUGUGAAUGGUUUGGGGGUUGACCGCCACCUUCUUGGACUCAAAUUGGCUGCUAUUGAGGCUGGGAUGGACGUACCAAAACUCUUCAUGGACGUUGGAUAUCUGCGCAGCUCUCACAUGCGUCUCUCCACCAGCCAGGUUCCAGCCAGGUGUGAGGCCUUCAUGUGUUUUGGUCCCCUGGUCCCAGAUGGAUAUGGGUGCUGCUAUAACCCUAGAGGAGAUGCUGUGUUCUUUGGUUUAUCUGCCUUUAACUCCUCCCCAGAGACAGACUCAGCCACUUUUCGAAAUGCCCUAGAGGAAAGUUUAAUGGAUAUGCAUGAUGUGGCACUGAAAGAAGGACUCAAGGCCAAACUAUAAACUGUAUAUGAGUAUGUUAAUAGUUGUUUUAUGAUAACAGGUAUGCAUUUCAGAUAAUUAGGUUAAAAUCUGGAGCCUUAAGGAGAUACAGAGAUAAACUUGUUGAAAUAGAUAGAUUGUGUGAAAUCUUCUCUUUAUUGGUUUAACUACUUUUGUGUAUCUCUGGAUGGGAUCUCAUGUUUGCUGGAAGAGACAAGUGAUGCACAAGAACCAUAUGAAAAGAGAAUGUCUUAAGUUUAUUGCAUUAAUUAACAUAAUUUGUAAUUCUGACAUAUCUUGCCUUCCAUUGCUCCUGUUUGCUUGCUUACCCAAGCUUGAUAUAUUUCAUAACUUUACUUGCUUAAGUAAGUUUAUGAGGAUAUUUAUAGAUAAUUAGAAUUGUUUAAGAACCUCGUGAGCACUAUCAUAAACACAUUAGAAGUCUUGUAAUUAGUUAGAUUCAUAUACAUAAUUCCAAAGGUUGUCUCCAAAAGAAGUGACAAUGCUACUUGUGACCCAGACAUGAAUAAAUGCUUCUUAUGACUGUGAUGUGUAGAAAUGAACAUUUUAAGGUUGCAUUUACACAGGCAGAGUUAAAAUUUUCCUUACCUAAGAAAUGCUAUGCUUUUGUGGGAAUAACCUAGAUUAUUAAUUUCUUGAUGAGGAGGUGCUUUUGUUUCAGAUAUUAGAUAGGUUCUUGUACAAUAAAUUUAUGGUUCUUUUCUGCCAGUUACAUAAGAGUUUGGUUUUUAUUUUAUUUCUAUGAUAGGAAUCUACUAAAUGUGUUUGAUGUGAAAUAUAGAGACCACACAUGAUGAAAACUUGUUAUUAGUGCAGAAUGCCUUUGUCCCCACACUGGUUAUGGUCUCAAUGUGUAAUCUUGCAUGGACUGGUUGUGUGUGUGUAGUAACAAUGGUGAAUAUUAGUCUUUUGUUCAGAAAUUGAAUAUAAAUUGUAUGGAACCUGCUAUUGAAGGUACAAAACUAUCUUGGAUUAUUCAAGUUUCCUGUCAUUAAGAUGUGUGUAGGUACUGUUAUGAUAUGCUAAUAGGCCAUGUUUUUCCAUAUGGUAUUAGGAUGUGUGAGAUCACCAGUAAGUUUAUAGACAAAUGUAUAAUCUGUUGACCAGACUGAAAUGUUUGUCUAUAUAAUUAUUUUUAUGAAAAAUG